GGGUCAAUACUAGGCACAAAUGGUCCUUCAUUGUGGAGACAGACCCUUUUUGUUCCUCCUUUACCCCCCAACUUUGGGAGGGGUGCUAGCAGGCCUUCAAAGGCAAGAAGAAGAGAUCAAGAAGAGCCUACAAAGAAAGAGAAAAAGAGGAGAGGGAAACAACCAAUGAAAAUGAAGAGGCAACAGCCAACUGUGAGGUGCAAAAAGUGUGGCAUGGCUGGCCACAAUGCAAGGUCUUGUGAGAAAAGAAAGGAGAAAGAAAUGAACAUUCUAAGCCAAAACCAAAGUCAAGUAACUCAAGAAGUGGACAACUCUCCAUUGAAAAGGGCUUUUGAUACAAUUCUUGAAAGUAAAAGAGCAAAAGCUGCUGCUCACAGAGGUAAAAGGAAAAGGGCAAAGAAGGCCACAGUUGGGACAGAACAAUCCUCA